CAUGUCUAGUAGGUAAAAUCUAAGUGUAGUCUGCACAGAGUGUGCGCAGUGUGGCCCUGUAGUAUUGUUUAAGCCGUUUUAGCUGUCUGUGAGAUUUUCUGUAAGAUGGUGCAGUUAUUUUGCUUUUUGUUGGGGUUGUUGGCGGUGUGUACUCAUGUAUGUCAAGGACUUUACUUUCACAUUGGGGAAACUGAGAAAAAGUGCUUUAUUGAAGAGAUCCCGGAUGAGACAAUGGUGAUAGGUAAUUACCGCACACAACUAUGGGAUAAGCAGUCAGAGUCUUUUCUGCCUUCCACUCCAGGACUGGGAAUGCAUGUUGAGGUGAAGGACCCAGACGGCAAGAUUAUUCUGUCCAGACAAUAUGGUUCAGAGGGUCGCUUCACUUUCACUUCGCACACACCUGGUGAGCAUCAGAUAUGCUUGCAUUCCAACUCUAGCAAAAUGGCACUGUUUGCAGGAGGAAACUGGCACCAUCUAGAGUCUGUCUUGCUGCCCACAACUCCAUUCUUGGAUGAGUUUGAUGAGUUUGAGGUGGAAGCACUCACAGUGCUUUGUGGAAAGUGGGAGGACCCUCACAAAGGCACAGAGAAGACAUCAUCAGAUGGGCAAUAUACUUUGUUUGAAGAAGAAAAAGAGGAGGAAAGUACAGAGUAUCCCCCAUUGCCAGCAGCUCAACAGACGGAACAGUUCCAACAUACUUUUCGGAAUGGUGUUAAGGCAAUAGAGGGGAAAGACAAGGGAGAAAACUGCAGUGAGACCUGUCGAACAACAUCAACAGCAACGUUGCAAACGAGAUUUAAACUGCAGUUUGAUGGGUUAAAAGUUGGAAUGCGGGUUCCUUUUGUCAAUGUGAUAUUAGAUAUUGCAGGUGUGAAAAUGAGAGUGCAUCUUGAUAUCCAGGUGGGCGAGCACACCAAUAAUUACCCGGAAAUAGCUGCCAAGGAUAAACUCACUGAAUUGCAACUGAGGGCCCGACAGCUGCUGGACCAAGUUGAGCAGAUUCAAAAGGAGCAGAACUACCAGCGGUACCGAGAAGAGCGAUUCCGGAUGACCAGUGAGAGUACUAACCAGCGUGUGCUGUGGUGGUCCAUCACACAGACCAUUAUCCUCAUUCUUACAGGAAUCUGGCAGAUGAGGCACCUUAAAAGCUUUUUCGAGGCCAAGAAACUAGUUUAACACAGCUACAUUUCCUCGUUUACCUAAACAUCUGCUAUAUCCCCUUCACCUAAUGCCUGCAGAAUACACUGCCUUAAGUAGACAAAAACGGUUCUAAACUGUGACUUCCAUCCGGAGUCUGGCUUGCUUCAACAGUAGGAAAUGCCCAACAACACAUUUGGGUGGGUGAUACUUGCAUUUUGUUAGAAAUAGUCAUUUGAAGUUUGAAACAAUUAUGAUCUGAAUGCAGAGUAAGACAAAGUCAAAUGGAAGAUACCAGAAUACUAAGGAACAAACUUCUGCUUGUCCCUAUGUACACUUCUUUUUAAUCUACUGAAGAACAUUGUGUAAACAUUUCACUCAAAUAUGAAGAUGUUGGAAGUGUCUUUGAAUUCUGGCACUUUCUGGGAGUUUAAUAGCUUUCUUACAUUAAUUUGGAAAACUGCAAAACCACACCAGCUGUUUCAGUGCAAGUAAUCUUUAUGCCUUCUUGCUUUGAAUUGCAAGGCAAAGAGGCAUAUGCUGAACUUACUGCCAGAAGUACUGAAGUUGUAUUAAGUUUCUCAAGGUCAGGAAUUAACUUACUACUAAAUAUUAACUGGAAAUAUACACUUCUACUUACUUGGACAUUUGGUCACUCGCUGAAGCACAGUAUUCUGAAUAUGCUGUCGUAAAUGUAUCCACCCACACACAAUAGCCGAUAAAUUCCUUGGCACUUCAGCUGUAGAGAGACCAUACCAGCUUCCAUAAUGCAGUCUAACUUUUAAAUUAACAGAUGGUGUGUCAAAAGCUGAUGGAGGCUUAUGGCAGCUUAUAAACAUGAACAUCAUGAGUCAGGAUGCUGGUAUAUGUAAAGCUGACUUUUCUGACGGUUAUGGGUGAUAUGCUUCACUGAUAAAACCACUGUUAGCAGCGGCUGAAAUUCUGUAGCUACAGUGUCCUUUGUUUAGCAUUCAAGAGUACUUCACUGACCAUGAACUGUGGUCCUGUUUUCUGACAAUGUAUUGAUGUUGUACUUUCUGAUCUGUGGAUUAUUUCAGACCCGUCAGUGGUGCAUUUAAUUAGUUGAUUUUCAGAAUAGUCUAUAUUAUAUAUUUUACCAUUCUUUUGUAAGUGUCCAAGUACUCUAGCCAUUCUGAAGGAUUAUCAGUAGUGCAAGCUGACACCAGAUUCAAUAUACUUAUAAAAUGGGGAAAUUUUUCUCUAACAUAGUGAGGUAAAGCUUUCUAAUGCAAAUGAUCCCUGCCUUGUUCUUUGUAUGCUUAAGUCUGCAGCACAUCAGAGUUGGGCUGUUAGAACGAGCAACUCAUUAGCCUGAGUUGCUUAAGUUUUGAUCGGGUAUUUGGUAUUUCUGUUCUGUCAUGGCUAAAUAACCUACUGUGAUGGCAUUUAACUUGAAACAAUGAUGGAAUGCUUAGAAAAGUUAUUUGUAAGUUUGCUUCAGGAAGGGUUUAAGAUGGAUGGUGCAUGUCAGCUGUUAGGUGGUAGAAAGAAGGGAAUUUAGCAGAAUUUGUGUUGUUCACAUCGUGAAAUAGCCCACCUCUUUGGGUACUUUCACUAUUAAUGUUUAUUAGCAGUCUGGUAAAACUUCGUGCAUGGUGCCUCCUUCAUUUUCCAGGAUCUGUGUAAGAACAGUUUUCUAUUCCUGUGAUAGUGAGAGAGUGCCUUUUAAUAUGUCCUGCAUGGUAACCAGGCCUAAGGCAGGCUGGUUAGUAAGUACAUUUUUUAGGCAAGGUCAUCCCUGUUAGGGGUCACAGGUUUUGUAAUUUAUAGUUUCACCUGUCCCCUUGUUGAAACAAGAAUUGAAUGCCAGCAUCAUUGCCUUUUGGGUGGGGUUGAGGUGCCGCUGUUAUCCUUCUUUGCAGGUUGGUGAGUGCUAUAGUUGCACUAUACUUGCUGAAUUUGGCCAUCUGCUGGCUGGCCUGUUUUCUUUCCUUGGGAUGUUUUCUCUUACAAAUUCACCUUUCCACAACAUUGCAUCAAAAUGUAAGGUUUGCCAUUUGUUGCACCUGGUAACUGAUGACAGGUUAUUUUUUUUUUUUGAAAGUGUAUUUUAAUGCUUGAUUGCAGUGGUUAUAUUGAAAGCAUUUUGCUCGGGGAUUUAGAUUGGCUUUUAUAUUUUUUUUAUCUGAUGGUGAUAUUGGGAUGCUCUUACAGCAGUUGGUGGAAAUUAACAAACAGUACAACUAAGCUGUUUCCUAGUUUAACCGACAGAUUGCCCUGUUAGCUGCUGAAAACAAAUUGUUGUCUCUGUAAAGGUAGGGAGAUCAGUUCUGUGCACUGGUUCCUCAACCUGAAUUCUGUGCAGAUUCUAUAGAAAUGAUGAUAAUAGGACGCUUCUGUAAAAGGGAGAGUAGCUUGUAGACAUGCAUUAGCGUCAUAGUUGCUGACUGUACAAUACUUAUAGGUAAGCCUGAAAUACUGUUCUUUGAAUGACUAAAUGGAUUCCUUUGGUGAAGUAUUAUCAGCACUUCACUUUAGUUGAUGUUGUCCUUAUGAAUUCAUUGAAAAGCUUAAAAAAACAAAUUUAAAAUAUUACUUUACCUCCUCUUCUGGAUUGUAAGCUCAUUGUGUGCAAAUUCUUAAAAAAAAUUGUAUUAAUUAAAAAAAGAGCAUACAUAUAUUCAGUGUUGCAGUCUCAGUGGUACAGAGUGUACCACUACUGCUUUAAAUGUAUGAAUGCAUGUAUGCAGACAUGCUUCUGUGCAGUACGUAUGACACAUUGUCCACUAUAUCUUUAAUGCAGGAGUAUGUCUGCAACAUGAAGUUCUGUAUGUCUGCAACAUGAAGUUCUGUUACGAGUGGAUUUGUUUAGCAAAGGUUAAUAUAUUUUUUUUUCAAUAAGGCAGGAAUUUAAUGGUGAUAAUUGUUGCCCAGCCAGUAGUGAAGCUCGAUUUACAAAAAAGUAUAUUUUGCCUUCUGAUGAAUAAACCUGUUGGGGUCAUCAGAUCAUGGAUAAAUCCAGCUUCACUAGUAGCUGGAAGGUAAACUAUCACUGUAAUGCAGAAGUAUUCCUCAUUUGGAGAAAGUCUGUUUCAGUUUCUCUUUUUUUUUCUUUUUUGAUUUUUGUCUGUAGCAGUCAACAUUGAGGGAAGUGACUGACUCGCAUAUCUUUCAGUGAGUGACCUUUUUCUUCCCUCACUCCCCUCUCUAGACAAGGAUAGGCUUUUUUCUGAGUAAUAAACUUUUACAUGAGACCCACAUUUAAUAGGCUAAAUGAAGAUCAUGAGCUGGAAAUGAAAUAUUCCAGAGCCAGUUUCAUUGAUUGAAGUCUGUAGCCCAGUAUCUGCGUAUGUCAUCUACGAGCAGGGGUUUAGCCAGGCAUACUUUUUGUACUCUAAAGAGUACAUUUUUUUCUCUGUACCUGUUAGCAACUCUGGGGCUUUAUCAAGCCAUAUGAUGUCUAUAAGCAUCUAGAUUAAUGCUUCUAAAAACAUGUAUGUAACUUGCUUACAGAGAGGAUUGCAAAUCAAAGAACAAUACCUCUAAUAGUUUUUGACCAAACAGCUAAAAAUGUUAACACACAUUAACUGUGGGGUGGGGCACCAGCACAAGUGAUAUGUCCACUUUUUAAAUGCCAUCUAGACUGGGGGUAGUAAUACACAUCUUUGAGUACAAAAUGGAAUUCACUGGCUAUGCCCCUUUAUAUCGGGUAUCCUAAUCUAUGUGGUCUUUGUUCAUAGCUUAGCAACAUGCAUGCAGGCAUCAUCUGUAGACAUUAAUAAAAGGCUAGUGCAGUGAUGCAUUUCUUGCUAAUCGUGUGAUAAACUGUUGGAAAUGAACGUGAUGUUUUCAGAAACAUUGCUAAGUCACUGUGAAAUACCCUCUAUUGUUGAUGGUACUGC